UCACUAUUUAGUUAGGUAUUACUCUGUGGAUACUUUGUCGUACUGGUGCUGAAUUGGCUUUAGGUCUCUAACCGGUGUAAAAUUCAUUUCCAACCCAUCUCGCUUAAGUUGUAAGAAACAAUUUAUGUGGAUUUCCCUGAUAAGGGGAUGAUUGCAUUGGGCAUGUACUGGUGCUAAUUGUUCAACAUAGUGAUCACUAUUUAGUUAGGUAUUACUCUGUUGAUACUUUGUCGUACUAUUUGAGUUUGGAAACUCGUAAUUUGAUGGCAAUUGACACCUUGAUUAGAUGGUAUUGGGUGCAGAUUCUUGCGUGCAUAUCAAACAUCUUGAAAAUGGGAAGCCAUCAGAGGAAGGUGAAACUGAAUCAAGUUAAAGCUAAUUGGACACCUGAGCUUCAUGAAAUCUUCGUUGACUUGUGUCUUGAGCAGAUAUCAAUAGGGAAUAGGCCCGGGACUAGUUUUAAUAAAGAUGGUUGGGUGAAUAUUUUGAAUUCGUUUCAUACAAGAACAGGUCUGGGGUAUGAAAAGGUUCAACUGAAGAAUCAUUUAGAUGUCACCAAAAAACAUUGGACAACCUGGCAUCAGUUGGUUUCUACUGACACAAUGAAAUGGAAUCCAGAGACUCGAAGGUUUGGUGCCAGUGAAGAAGAAUGGGUCGAGUAUUUAGAGGCAAAUCCUGAUGCUGCUCAAUAUCGGUUCAAGGAACUUCUAUUUGCUGACAAAUUAGACAUCAUUUUUGGUGUAGCUGCAGGGUCUGGAGGAACAGUAAGACCUCUUAGACGUAGGAGGCACAACUAUUGUACGACUUUGACACAGCCAUCUACUCGGCCAAAAAAGCACCAUAAUUACUUGACUGAAAGAGAAGCUCCUACUCAUUUUUCAAAGUACCAAGAUGAUUCAAUGAACACGGGUUUUCAUGCUGUAGAGCCAGUGAGUGCGAUACCUGAUAGCAACAUAGAGCGUUGUUAUGAUGCUGUCGAAUCAAGGAGCUUUAUGACUAUUCAAUCUCCGCUACCCAAGCCCAGUUACAGUAUUGAAGAUUGCAUCAAGUGCCUAGAUUCAAUUGAAGAACUUGAACAGGGGGGUGAACUCUACUUGUUUGCUCUAGAUAUAUUCCUGAAGCAGGAAUACCGGGAGAUUUUCCUCAACUUAAAGAAGUCGAGCACCAGGAUUGCAUGGUUAGAAAGGUUGCAAACAGUUGGUCCCCAAUUUCCUUCGCAUUCGGAAUCUUAACAUGGUGGAUCGGAUAGUCGAUUUUUGUUCUGUGUACAAAGUGGUCUUAGUGUCUCCUUUAUACUUGUGAUAUUUAUAUGAACUUAAGAACAUGAAUGUGUAUUUAAACAGGAGAGUUUGUCCUGAAUGUACUCGAACAUGCAAGGCUUAAAGUCUUCUGUUUUUUUAUGUUCAGGAAUCAAUGCAGAAACCAAGCUUUACUCCAUGAGCUUUGUUGAA